AUGGCUGAUGAUCCGUUCUCUCUAACUCCCGCCCUCCGCCUUCGCCCUUCCUCAAACAUUGGAACUCCUUCCCGCUCCUCCCCUCGGUCGCCGACUCCUUGCCGCUCCCGCUCUCCAGAUCCAAAUACCACUUCGUCAGUCUGCACUUUGGAUCCAUUGCUCGCCAAUCUUUCACCAGAAUCUACUCUCGCAGCAUUAGCAGCCACCGAUGCCAUGCGAACAAAUGGAAAGACUGCGGAGGGUAUUCUCGCCAGCGCCAUUGCCGAAGCCUCAAGGGAUGAGCGUGCUUUGGCCGUCCGAGCUGCAGUGGCUGGGCAGAAUUUGAAGCAAUGGCAUGCAGAGAUGUUGGCAUGGGAGUGGCCACGGAAACAAGACGCUGUCGCCGGCAAGGGUUUUAUCCCGCCAAAUAACGGUCGAGUUUACAUCGGUGAUGGUGAUGAUGAUGAUGAUGAUGAUGGCUGGGAAAAGUACUUGGGUUGUCUUCCGGCCGCCAUUGUGGAGCAGCACGAGGAGAGGAUUGACGCGAUAAAAGCUGGGAUGAAGGCGUUGGAUGUGGAGGAACUGAAGGAACAUGUCCUCAACGCACAUAUCCCCUCUCGAUCCCGACCGUCAUCUUCGAAUAGCUCCUGGUCCACAAACACGAACAUGCUGAGCUAUGUGCAACUCAGUGAUUUCACGGCAGUAAUAACAGCUACCAUUCUCCAGGCACUACCAUGCCUCUCCAAGUUGAAUAUUCUCCUCAAUAUUUGGGAUGUUCGUAUCACAGUCCUACACCAAGUCCCCGAGCUACUGGUUGGUCUUGGGAACACAAAGAGGGACAUUUAUGGCGCAUUAGAUCGAUUAAAAAUAGGAUUGUUACCAGAACUGGACAAUCCCCUAUUUUCUAAGGCAGAGUUUGGAUCGGCUCGUCACAGGCUGGAAAGCAAGGUAUUAAUCGUGGGAAGUAAGAUGGAUCGCAUUCUUGAUUCUCUCGAAGGUCAAGAAGAUGUUCUCCCAGAUAUUUGGAUUGACGAAAUGGAAGCUAUUGAAACUAUGUUCGCCACUUGGGCUUUUGAAGCGGGGAAAAUGGCGUCCGAAAACGAUUUUAAGCGAUCAAUCCCGCCGCUGCCUGAAUGUUCGAUGCAGUCAAGCGAGACUGAAAUGCCUGAAAAGGCUAGUCUAGGCAAUCCAACAACGCAGAGUUCUACUUCUUUGUUUGAGAAAGAUCAAAAAGACAAACAUGAUAGUUCCGUGGAAGUGACGGACGAUCGACGUAUCCAUAUCGAACUUGAGCUGCCCUCUACACCCUUCCAGACUGGCCCAGUCCCGAAUGAUGAGAUUUCUCCAGAGCUGAUGGACGUUCAGCGCACUCCUCCCCCUUCGCCUCCACUGAUACCUCAAGUCCAACGGCCAGGGAAAGACAUACCCCAAGCGGGCACCAAAAGUACACAUACAGAGGUUUCCAGCGAAACGGAACUCACACAGGAGAGUCUGAAUCCUACACAAAGUGACUCAGACACUUCUUCAGCGCUACUUUCUACGCCUACAACUUCUACUACCCGAGAAGAACUAACUAGCCUGUCGUGUCCUGACGCCGCUGAACCCCUAAUGAACCAGCAGAGCAUUGAUGAGUUGCCAGACCAAGCCGCUCAACUGGUUGAAGACCAUGCUUCUGACAAAACUCCUGGGACUGGGAAUUCUAAUAAGCCCAGUUCAGUGUUAAUCGAAACUCCCGAGAACAGUCCAGAGCCUCCGGAUAACCCAGCAGAACAAAGCUUGGCUGAAGAGACCAUAGGUACUAAUCAGUCCUUCCCACGAUCGCUGUUGCCGUCUCAGAAUGCCGAUCCAGCUUCCCCGCAGUCGCCAGAACCGAAAGCAUCGUCUGGCCAGCGCAGCCCUUUUAAUACUACUGAUUUAUUGAUAUCCUCUUCGCCCACGACGGCUGAGCUGGGUCCCUACAAAGCUACGAAGAACAAACCAAAGGCCCUCAAACUGGAAACAAUACUUCAACGGCGAGAUUCAAUUGUUUCCAGUGCUUCAACUCCUGGCUCUGGGCUUUCGUAUGGCUCCGACCCUGAGAUUAAGGAUGCUCAAGUAGCAACAGCUCAUGGCAGCCCCGUCGUAGUUGAAUCUCCUGGUGGUUCCUCGCAACUGCGUCGAAGGCUCCCUGGGCUCUUGGACCGGGUGGAAAAUAUGCUGUCGCGCACAAAAUCAGCGGAAUCAAAUAGUGGAGCAGCUACAUCUUCUCGCCCUCCAGUGCAGCGGACCAUGAGCCUGCCUCUUGAGCGGUUUGUGGAUGGAGAUCCUGAGGUUGUUCACGAAAUGGAUGAUCCCAAUGAAUCAAACGACAAACCGGAAGUCAGACAGGCAUCCUCUGCAUCUAUCGAGGUUUCACCAAAAACUGAAUUGCUAAGUAUCGUGGUCCCUAACAGGCUCAGCAUGGGACUCACAAAUGGGCCGAAACCGGCGCCAAAUCUUCGCCGUUCUGUUUCUUCUCUCGCUCUAUCAUCCAUAAAUCGAAUCAGCAAUAUCUCUAGUGGCCUCCACCCAAACUAUCCCCGUGGACUACGCCUAUCAACUUCGUCAGAUUCACUCCCGUCUACUGCUGAGGAACAGUCACCGGCCCCUCGUGCUUCAGAACCUUCGUACUCAACCCCGAGAAAUGAUCGCUUGGAAUCACAAUCCCCUAUGUCAAGCCGUAGCACUACCCCUACGCCAACACUCACUCUGACACCAGCCUUUGGCCGUUCGCGACGCCCCCACACACAUCACGAUGACGAAUCUGCAGUGAGAUUGUAUCAUCUGCACCGCGGAGGCAAAGCAGCCCCUCUCAAACUCUUCGUCCGCUCAGUUGGUGAAGAUGGAGAAAGAGUCAUGGUGCGCGUCGGCGGUGGGUGGGCCGAUUUAGGAGAAUAUCUUCGGGAAUACGCUGUCCACCACGGUCGACGAAACGUCUCAGACGCGAAAUUCGAAGUCCGUGGCCUUCCCACCAACAACAACAACACCUCGCCCAACUACACAAAGAACAAACAAGCACCAGUCCCCAACACCGGCCGUUCCACCCCUGUAUCCCGCCCUGGCUCAGCCUUUGAUAUCCGCCCCUCAUCCUCACUCAACAUCCGCAAAACCCGCCGAUCCAUGGCGAACCCCGCCGAACUCCCGAACCUAACAACAGCAAAUAUCGAAAAGGCCUCCGAAGGGUCCUCCGACCCUAGCAGCAAUGGAAGCGGUGGGCCACUUUCCUUCUUCUCAUCUUCUCGUCGCAGACUCUCCACCUCCUCCAACGCAUCCAUGAGCGUCGCCUCCACAUAUGGUGGCGAAGGCCAACAGUACGCCUCCACGCCCCUCGGCCUCGCAGGCCCGCAUCCCAAAUCUAGACAAGUAUCAAUUAGCCCGGAGAGCGAGGCGUGGGUGGAAAAUGUUGUCGGGCGCGCCCGACGCACCUCUGCGACGUUGAGACCUGAGCGCUCCUACGGGAACCUCAGACGGUUUCGACCGAAUGCUUUGCAGGAGGAUGCUCUCCGAGACCGAGCUGAGGGCCGAGGCUAUAGGAGCGUUAGUGAUGUAGGCGGCGGUGGCGGUGCGGGAAAUAAACGGGUGUAUCUUCGUGGGCUGGAUAGAGGGAGGGUGGAAUGA